AUGCCGCCGCCUCCAAAAGCAGACAUACCAAAGGCUGCCACACCUAGAUAUGGAUCGUCCUUUGACCCAUGGAAUUCAUCAUCCACUGGCCACCAGCGGGCUGAAAAUCGCCUCGGUGGAAGCACAAGCUGGCGCGAAUCUCGAAGCACAAAACUGCAGUCGCAAUUCGAGGGCGGCGCGGUAGGUGGCAAACGUAUGUCUGAUGCCGUUGAGGCAGGGUCCAAACACUGGGACAACAAGGCACAGGCUAUUAUACCGCCAGAUCUACGUACUAGGGCAACAUUUUCGGUUAUGGAAAUGCUAGCUACGCCGGGAACCAUGAAGCAGUCUUUUGGGAAAUCAGCACCUGCUCCUGUUAAAGGUAAUGUAGAGAGUAUCACUGCAAUGGAGAAAAGCAUGGCCCGGCGCCAGGCUGAGGACGAGGCCCGAGAGGAGAUACAUGAACGGCCGAGGAAGCUCUUUGAUGGUAUCGUGAUCUACAUCAAUGGAAGCACGUAUCCUACAAUCUCAGAUCACAAAUUGAAACAUAUUCUGGCGGAACAUGGUGCGAGGAUAUCCAUCCAUCUGGGCAGGAGGCAGGUCACACAUGUCAUCCUGGGUCGUUCUUCUGGGGGAGGCGGUGGUGCCGGAGGAGGAUUGGCUGGUGGUAAGCUCCAGAAGGAGAUCCAGAAAGUCGGCGGUGCCGCAGUAAAGUUUGUGGGAGUUGAAUGGAUCCUCGAAAGCAUCAAAGCCAGGAAACGGUUACCUGAGGCGAGAUUCAGCAAUUUAAAGAUCGCCCCAAUGGGACAGCAAGGUGUCUUCAGUAUGGCAUCUAGAGUAACAACGCCAACAUUGGCUGUAGACAAUGAAUCUUCAAUCAACCAAUCCCAGGUUGUGAGGUCCAACGCGCACGCGCCCACGCCCAGGGACGAUGAGCCGCCUCCAAGUGGGCAGCGAUCUUAUAUCUAG